ACUUCGGAGGGCGUCAUACGUGUCAUCACUGGAUUCACGGCAGACAACCGUUACGUCUAUUAUUACCACACAAUCAAAAAGACCAUUCGACUAAUCCGUUUAGAAGACGCCAAAGUCAUCGCCAACUAUAGACUCGGCGCCGACGCGACGGACAUCCGGUCGUCGCCCGACUCCGAGUUCUUAGCGGUCGGCGGACUCGACGGCUCACUCGUCGUCCUAAUCAUAGCCGACGCCCGCACUCAGCACUGUCUCAAACGUGUCCACCGAUUGCCCUCACGAGUGGCCCAAACGCUUCCCAACGCUCGCCGACAGCCGUACAACACGUGGAGAAGUGUCGCCAAAAUGGCCGUCAUUUCGGCCAAACGUGAGGCCGACAGCGGUUCCCAAUCCGACUCCAAGACCUGUGCGUUGUGUUAA